AUGAAGAAGGAGCAGCAUAAAAUCAUUGAAUGCACUUAACCUAAAAGUGCAUUAAAAAAAGAGAUUAACAAAGGAAAUUAGAUUUAAAGGUUCGAUAGAAAAGGAUAAGAAAUUAAACAAGGUUUAAAAUAUGAGAUCACUAUCAAUGAUAAAGCAGAAUUAUUCACUCUGAAUAGUGAAUAAACUCAAAUCGUUAAUCUAGAUUUAUCGAACUCUUCGAAAUAAGAGAAUACUGAAUGUUAUAUUAGACCUAGCUUAAGGACUUUGAAAAGUUUGGAACUCAAUUCAAAGGAAGAGGCGUUUUUGAAAAUGUUGAGUUAUAAUUUCGAAAAAAAUAAGAGGAAGGGAAAAAGAAAAGAAUGUUGCGUUAUUUAGUGA